AAAAUUACUUUUUGUUCAAAAAUUCUCAGUGGGCUAAAGUGUUGAAAAUUCUCGCCUGAGCUUGUUGUUGCCGUUUUCUACAUCAGCCAUCUUUGUGAUCGAUGGAUUACAACUCAGAUCGUGGUUAUGAUGACUCUUACCAUCUUCACCUACAAGACGAACAGUUUCCACCGUCGGAUUAUGAAGUUAGGACUGUUGAUGACCGGAGGAACGGUGGUGCAGCCGUCGAUACUGGUGGGAUGCAGAUGAGGCAAUCCGUUGAGAAUCGCCAUUCUUCUUCGUCCAUGUCUUCUCCUGGGAAACUAUUCGUAGGUGGAGUUUCUUGGGAAACAACUGAAGAAACUUUUGCGAAUUACUUUGGGAAGUUUGGAGAACUUGUCGACUCUGUAAUCAUGACAGAUAGAAUGACUGGAAAGCCUAGGGGAUUCGGGUUUGUUACAUUUUCUGAUUCAGCUGUUGCAGAGAAAGUUUUGGAGGAAGAACAUGUAAUAGAUGACCGAAAGGUUGAGCUGAAAAGAACAGUUCCUAGAGGGGACAGGGAUACCGAUAUCAAAGCGGUAUCAAAGACGAAAAAAAUCUUUGUUGGUGGACUUCCACCAUUUUUGGAAGAAGAUGAACUGAAGAAGUAUUUCUGUGUAUAUGGUGACAUAAUUGAGCAUCAGAUCAUGUACGACCACCUCACUGGAAGGUCAAGAGGAUUUGGUUUUGUAACCUUUCUGAGUGAAGAUUCUGUGGAGAGACUUUUCUCCGAUGGAAAAGUUCAUGAGCUCGGUGACAAACAGGUCGAAAUAAAGAGGGCUGAACCAAAGAGAACCGGAAGAGAUAACAGCUUUCGAUCCUAUGGCGCUAGUGGCAAGUAUGAUCAGGAAGAUCUUUAUGGUGGGAAAGCAAAUGAUGAUUACAAUAUGUAUUCGGGUUAUGGUGGUUAUGGUGGUUAUGGAGCCUACGCAGGGAACUCCAUGGUUAAUGCUGCUGGAUUUUAUGGUUACGGUGGUGGCUAUGGCUACGGUUAUGGUUAUGGUGGUCAAAUGUUUAACCUUGGCUAUGGAGCUGGCGGUUAUAGCCAUAUGGGUGGUGGGUAUGGUGUUGCCGCAGCAGCUGCUUUUGGAGGUGGAAAAGCUCAUGGAAACGGCAAUAGCGGGUCAAGUGGUGGCAGAGGAAAUGGGACUAAUGGUUCAGGGCGAGGUCGAUAUCAUCCUUAUCAAAGUUAAGAAUUUUCAGCUGUUGCAGAGACACUUCUAUUGUAGAAAGAUGGGCUUUUUUUUUUUUUUAGUUUAAGGAUCAGUUAAGCUAAGAAAUAGAUUGGGAUACUUCACCAGUUCUUCACAUGUAACUGUUGUGAGAGAGACCUCUUUGAAGCCAAGUUUGUU